UCGUUGAAAUUUUAACAAUCGUUAGGACUAAAUGCCACCUCAUUUUUUAAUUUCAAUUUGUGUACUAUUUGUAAGCUCUAGUCUAACCGUCCUCUACUCUACAACAUCACUCGAAUCUUUCUUCACCCACUUUCCUUUCAUUUUCCAAUUCCUUGAUUCCUCCUUCCACUACCGCAACAUGGCUAAAGGAGCAUCUCAAUCCCAAUCAUCAACUUCAACAGCCUCCCGCCCCGGAGGCGGAGGAGUCGUCGCUCCCCGCGGCUCCGCUGCCGCAACCGCUGGCAUGCGCCGUCGCCGUGUCACCUCCGGAAACAGCACCGCCAGUGUCGGAGGCGGAUCCAGCGGAAGCAACAACAUGCUGAGAUUCUACACGGACGAUGCUCCCGGGCUGAAGAUAUCGCCGACGGUGGUGCUAGUUAUGAGUCUCUGCUUCAUCGGUUUCGUCACCGCGCUUCAUGUGUUCGGGAAGCUUUACCGGUACAAAUCUGGCGGUGGUGUAUGAGUGGAAGAUCUGAAUCUGAUAGUUUAGGUUUCGGAUCUUGAGCGAUCCGUUCCCGUAGCGCUUUGCUUUCGUUUCUCUGUUCUCUAAUUAGAAACUGUUUUUUUUUUACUGUCACAAGGUUAAUUUCACUGAUUUCUGUUUUUUUUUUGGUUAAGUUCUAUUGCAAGUUGAUUAGCCAGUUCUGUUGA